AUGGCCCUGCCCUUGCUGCCCUGUGCUGCAGGUGGCUAUACCUGGUGUCCCAGCUCAGCCAUCCCCACCUGGCAUCUGGCUGGCCUUGUCCCUCUCCUCCUCGCGGUGCUCGCCCACGGCUCAGGUUCCCUGGUCCAGGCAGCGCUGACUCAGCCGCCCUCGGUGUCAAAGAACCCGGGAGAAACCGUCGAGAUCACCUGCUCCGGGCUUAGCAGCAGCAGCGGUGAUGGUGUUGGCUGGUACCAGCAGAAGGUACCUGGCCAUGCCCCGGUCACUGUGAUCAACUGGAAUGACAAGAGACCCUCGGGCAUCCCUGGGCGAUUCUCUGGAUCCCAGUCCGGAUCUACGUCCACGUUAACCAUCACCGGGGUCCAACCCGAGGAUGAGGCUGUCUAUUUCUGUGGUAGCUAUGAAAGCAGCGGCUAUGGUUCCCUGGUCCAGGCAGCACUGACUCAGCCGCCCUCGGUGUCAAAGAACCUGGGAGAAACCGUCCAGAUCACCUGCUCCGGGGUUAGCAGUGGUUAUUACGGCUGGUAUGAGCAGAAGCCUGGCAGUGCCCCUGUCACUGUGAUCUAUAGCAGCAACAAGAGACCCUCGGACAUCCCUUCGCGAUUCUCCGGAUCCACGUCCGGCACCACCGGCACGUUAACCAUCACUGGGGUCCAACCCGAGGACGAGGCUGUCUAUUACUGUGGUGGCUCCGACAGCAGCAGUGCUGAUCAGGGUGAUGAAGGCACUGGUUAA